AUGGAGAAAGACGACGGAAAACGCACCGAAGAAGGCUUACAACGGCAGCCUCGGAAGAAGCUGAAAACCGCCCCGCAAAAGCAACAGAAAACGCCUCGAGAAUUGAGAUUUGAUUCCUUCGCCGAUUCCAUGGAUCGGUCGUCGUCAGAGUCAUCCGAAGACGAGGAGGAAGCAACCCCUGCUGUGGUACCCGCUACUGAAGGACUUCCGCCCCCACCAAAGCGGAAACGAAAGUUUAAACCGCUGCUCAUUCCAUUGUCCAGAACGUUGACCUGCCCCGACAUGGUCCGAGUGGAUCGGUGCAAUCGUGUGCCCGAAUAUGGACCCGAAAUUCUAUUUUUCAGUGGCGGAAGUGCACUUCGAGAUUUGAGUGGUGUAUUAAAGGAUUACACCCACAAUAGCAUUCACCUGAUUACACCUUUUGAUUCUGGAGGAUCAACAGCUGAGAUACGGCGGGCAUUUCCGAUUUCCGCAGUGGGUGACUUGAGAAAUCGGCUAAUUGCCUUGAGUGACCAAUCUGCCUUGGGAAACCCUGCAGUCAUCAACUUCUUCUCGAUGCGCCUCAACGAAGAUUCUACAAAGGCUCACGCUGAGUUUGAAAGCAUCUUGCAAGGCAAAGAACCGUUGGUCAAGGCUGUGAAAAUGCCCAUGCGGAGUUUGCUGCGCCGACACUUGCAAUGGUUUUCCAAUCGAAUGCCUACCGACUUCAAUCUAUGCGGUGCUUCGAUUGGAAAUCUUAUCAUUACAGGCUGCUGGCUGGAACACGAUAAAGACAUUGUGGCCGCCCUGUACAUUCUGUGGAAUUUGUUGGGUGUCAAGGGAAAGGUCCGACCCAUUACAGGGGCUCAUCUGCAUCUACGAACACAGUAUGAUAAUGGUGACGAGGAUGUGGGUCAGCACUUGAUGGGGAAACGUAAACCGCCCCAAAAGAUCAAAAGCAUUGAUUUGGUCAAGUCCUUGGAGGAUGGAACGACCACAACUCGACAGGAGACAAAGCUUUGUCACUUGGACUUUGUCUCAUCGGAACUGAUUGCCUCCUGUGACCUCGUUGUCUUUCCCAUGGGCAGCUUUUUUGGGUCCAUGCUGGCUAAUUUAUUGCCUGUUGGAGUUGGGAAGGCCAUCCACAGGUGCCAGGCACCCAAAAUCUACAUUCCUAAUACUGGGGUUGAUCCUGAAAUGCAUGGCUAUACCCUAUCAGAAUUGAUUACCUGUAUUGUUAGCAUGGUCGAAGAUGAUUUGCCGAGAGGUGUGAAAGAAGAGGAUAAACCGCCAGAAGACGACACUGUCGAUCCUUCUGACAUCGUGAAUUUUGUCUUGGUGGAUACAGAGAACUGCCACUACUGUGUCCCCAUUGACAAGGAGGUAAUUGAAGCAAUGGGUAUCGUUGUCAUGGAUAUGCCACUCGUCAAUCUGGAGGCUGCAAAACACUCGAAAAGUCCAACCAUUGAUCCAACCAAACUCGCACAAGUACUACUUACUCUUGGAUCAUAA